CCUGCUCCCGUUCCGGUGGGUGCUGGUGCAGUUCGGCGCCUUCAUCGUGCUCUGCGGCCUCACCCACCUGCUCGCCGCCUUCACCUACGAGCCCCACCCCUUCGUGCUCGUGCUCCUGCUCACCGUCGCCAAGUUCCUCACCGCGCUCGUUUCCUUCCUCACCGCCAUCACGUUGCUCACGCUCAUCCCGCAGCUGCUCCGCGUCAAGGUCCGCGAGAGCCUGCUCUGGAUCAAGGCCCGCGAGCUCGACCGCGAGGUCGACCUCAUGAAGCAGCAGGAGGAGGCGAGCUGGCACGUCAGGAUGCUCACGCAGGAGAUCCGCAAGUCGCUUGACCGGCACACCGUGCUCUACACCACGCUCAUCGAGCUCUCCCGGGUGCUCGGCCUCACCAACUGUGCCGUCUGGAUGCCCUCCGCGGCUGCCAGUGAUGGCAAGGUUACGAUGCACCUCACCCACGAGCUCCGGCGCGGGGGCAGCGAUGAGGGGCUCGUCGUUAUUGGGGUGGACGACGUGGAUGUUGUCGAGGUCCGGAGGAGCGACGGCGUGAAGCUGCUAGGCCCUGGCUCGGCGCUCGCGGCGGCCAGCGGCGGGGGCAAGGAGGACACGGGCACCGUGGCGGCGAUACGGAUGCCGAUGCUCAAGGUGUCGGACUUCAAGGGCGGCACGCCGGAGGUGAUCCAGACGAGCUACGCCGUGCUGGUGCUGGUGCCUCCCGCGGACAAGACCUGGGGCGCCCAUGAGACAGAGAUCGUUGAGGUGGUCGCCGACCAGGUGGCCGUGGCGCUCUCGCACGCGUCGCUGCUCGAGGAGUCGCAGGCCAUGCGUGACCGUCUCGCUGAGCAGAACCGCGAGCUCCUGCAGGCGCGGCGGGACACGCUCAUGGCGAACGAGGCCCGGGACGCGUUCCAGCGUGUCAUGAGCCAGGGAAUGCGCCGGCCGAUCCACUCCAUCCUCGGCCUCGUGUCCGUGGUGCAGGAGGACGACCUGACGCCCGAGCAGAAGCUCGUCGUUGACACUAUGGGCCGGACGGCCACUGUUGUCUCCACGCUCAUCAACGACGUCAUGGAGAUGUCGUCCACCAACCGGGAGCGCUUCCCGCUGGAAACGCGGCCGUUCCAGCUGCACUCCAUGAUCAGGGACGCCCCCUGCGUCUCGCGGUGCCUCUGCGACUUCAGAGGGUUCGGCUUCGCCGUGCACGUCGAGAACACGCUGCCGAACCUUGUCAUCGGUGACGAGAGGAGGAUCUUCCAUGUCAUCCUGCACAUGGUUGGCAACCUCAUUAGCCGUAUCGACUCUGGGCACGUCACGUUCCGAGUGCGUGCUGACGACGAGGUGGCGGAGGACACCCUUGGACAGAGGUGGGAUCCUUGGAGGCCAAGCUACUCAAGUGGGUACUCGUCGGUGAAGUUUGUCAUUGGGGUGAAGAGCCAGCAGAGCUCCGGCUCAACGAUCCCGCCAGCGGGGCAGUUCAAACGGAAGCCAAGCGGUGAGGGCUUUGAUCUGAGGCUGAGUUUCAGCAUGUGCAGGAAGCUCGUGCAGAUGAUGAGAGGCAACAUUUGGGCGGUGCUCGAUGGGCAAGGGCUGCCGGAGAGCAUGACCCUGGUGCUGAGGUUCCAGCUGCAGCCACCGGCGCCGCUCAUGUCGUCCAGCACCAGCGCAGGAUCAUUCGAGCGGCAAUACGCAUCGCCCUCGUGCCAGCUGACCGGACUGAAGAUCCUGCUCAUCGACGAUGAUGACAUCAAUAUGGUGGUCGCGCGGAAGCUCCUGGAGAAGCUGGGGUGCGUGGUCUCCUCUCUGCCCUCGGGGUCAGGGUUCCUGAACUCCGUCGGCCCCUCAUCGGGCGCGUACCAGGUGGUCCUGGUGAACCUCGAGAUGACGCGGGUGAACGCGCUGGAUGUCGCGGUGAGGGUCCAGCAGUACCGUAGUGGCCGCUGGCCGUUCGUGAUGGCCAUGACGUCGGAGCAGAACGCGUGGGAGAAGUGCGCGCAGUCCGGGAUCAACGGCAUCCUCAGGAAGCCGGUGGUCAUGCUCGAGGCCAAGGAGGAGCUCACCCGGAUUCUUCAGAGCGCAUGAUGUCGCUGUGGUUCGCCGGUCAUUUCGCCUUCCUGCCGAGAACUCUCGAAAUGGCGAGGAACUGCCAUCAAUCACCGGUCGGCGCCACCGAAGGGGCGAUCUCCUUGUGAAAUCUUUGACCAGAAGGGCCACGACGACGGCGAAGAAACUCGCAUUGGCCAGCCACUGAUGGUUUCCCUUUGUGCUGCUCUGUUUCUGCAGUGUUUGCUGGGGAGGCUCCAUAUCAGUGGCAAUGUCACUGUGCCACAUAUUCUAGCACUAGAGGGAGGUUACAAGUAAGAGGGGGAGGAGCCUUGCUGAUGAUGAUGCAUUGAUUCUUGAUAGAGAUCCAGGAGAAAUACAUGUGAUGAUCUCAUCACCAGUGGCAAUAAGAUUUUGUCUGAUAGGAGAGGUUCAGAAGUGUAUGUAGAAAGUGGAGGAGGACUAAUCAAUUGCAUGCCCAGUGGAGGAAGCAUAAGCUUCCUUUGAACAUUGGAUUCUAGUUGUAGGUAUGAGAAUGUAACAGGAACAUUUUGUAUUCAGGCAUGUUCAGUGAGAAUGGAUCGAACCAUUCUUGUGUUCCUCCAUAAUUUUCUACUA